CUCUUCCGGUCUCUCGACUCCUUAGCUCCGGCUCCGCCUCCGCCGGGCGUCUGUUCGUCGGCCCCUUGCCUCUCUCUUUCUCGCGCCCAGGCGACCCAGUCGCCCGCCGCUACUGCCGGUUUCCGUCUUCCUGUCACCGGACGCCGGUUGAGUCCUGACCUUCAAUUCAACUUCUCAAACCCUAAUUUCGUCUUUGAAGACAUGGAAAAGUAGAAAAUGGAAUGGAACUUACCUCAUUUACAGAAAUGAUCAUCACAUUUCUCUUUCUGAUGAUGAUUCUUGGAUUGAUUAUCAUUCAGGGGAGAAAUGGAGCAUGAAGAAGAAGAGAAGUAUGCAAGCUUCUUAAAAAAAAUGAAGAGAACAGUGUUCGUUGAUAACCUCUCACCCAUGGCCACCAAGGCUGUCCUAACAGCUGCCUUUAACCAGUUUGGCAGGGUCACUGAUGUCAGUUUACUCCCUAACUACCUCAACCUCUGCAAGGCAACCCGAUCCGCUUUGGUAGAGAUGGAAACUGCAGAGCAGGCCGAAUCAAUCAUAUCUGAGGUGAGCAGUUUACCAUUCAUGAUCGCGGGGAUGCCAAGGCCAGUGAGGGCAUAUGCUGCACAGGUUGAGAUGUUUGAUGAGCGGCCGCCAAAACCUGGUUUGAAAUUACAAUACCAAUGGGUGGACCGUGGUAACCCUAACUACGGGUUAGCCAUGAAGAUGAAGGCUCUUGCUCAAGAACAUGCUUCUCAAGCUGAAUUUCUGAUGGAGCAUCAAGUGGAAGAGGAAGAAAAGCUGGCGAAGAAGCAGGAGGUGAUGCUCAAGGCGAACUACAAGAAGUAUCAGCUGCUAGACAGCAUCACUGGGAAUGGGCAAAACUCAAUUGCUGAUCAGUUGGCGAGGCGUUACGGUCUGCUUAAAUGAGAGACUCAGUCGUCGAUUUGCGUGGUUCUCUCCUUAACUCCUCCUCAUUAGGUAGCUGAUUUGUGAAUAAGCUAAGCAGAGAUUUUAAGUAAUCUAGUAGUAACAUUUUGGGGCAAGUAAAACACAUUAUAAGGCACUCCACUCCAUUGAUGAGUUUUGCCUUUCCACUUGUCUGACUGUAU